ACUGAGUAACUCAGCAGCAGUUGGAACACUACAAGAUUGCCACUGGGAACCACUCGGAAUGGGAUAUAAAAACUGGAUUUUCCCAUUUAUACUGGCUACAUUGGGGGAUGUUCUUGCAGAAGGUAGGUUUUGUGACUUACCCAGAAUAGAAAAUGGAAGAAUUGCUCCGUAUUACUAUAGUUUCGAAAGCUAUUAUUUUCCAAUGAAGAAAGAUCAAAAGCUUUCAUAUUCUUGUUUGGCUGGCUAUACAACAGAAAGUGGAAGACAAGAUGGAAAGAUCAACUGCACAAUGAGAGGCUGGACACCAGCCCCGAAAUGUUACAAGAAAUGUUCCAAACCUACCUUGGAUAACGGUGUUUUCUCUGAUAUGAAAAUGUCCUACAAAAUCUGGGAGAGCCUGCGGUACAGUUGCAAUUCAGGUUACCAGACUCCUGGAGGUGGCAGGGAUAAAACUAUACAGUGUCUUCAAAAUGGAUGGUCGGCUCAGACACAGUGUAUAGAAACAUCAGAGACGUGUUCAGCACCAGAACUGCUGCACGGCCACUACCAUACAGCUCAGAGAGUGUUCAACUUAAAUGAAAAACUCAAAUAUGAAUGUGAUGAUGGAUAUCAUACAACAGGAGGCAACACAAUGGAGGAACCACAGUGUCAUCCUCAAGGCUGGUCCCUUAUUCCCAAGUGUACUAAAUUGGGAUGUUCAUCACUGAGUCCUGUAGAAUAUGGAGGUGUCUAUCCGAGGAAGGAAAGCUAUGAAGAAGGAAAUAUGGUUCAGUUUUACUGCUUGGAAGGUUAUUCCUUGAAAGGGUCAGAAUUAAUUCAGUGCUAUUAUUUUGGCUGGUACCCAGAACCUCCGGUAUGUGAAGAAAGAAGAAACAAAUGUCCUCCUCCUCCUCAACCGCCUAAUACCAAAUUGCUAACCAAUUUAAGAACAUACCGUCAUGGAGACACAUUGCGUUUGGAGUGCGAGCAUCCUUUUCAAAUUGCAGGAGAUGAAGAAAUCCGAUGUGAGAAUGGCAGAUGGACUUCACCUCCCAAAUGCAUUGAUAUGGGCAGGGCAGCAAACACAGACAGCCAUCACAGCUUUGAAACUGAUGAGAGAUGCAGUUCUCCUCCUGCAGUUAAAAACAGUUUUAUUUUUAAUAAUAUUGGUCCAUUGUUGACAAGCUACACAACUGGUUCUGUAGUAGAAUACAGAUGUCAACCCUUCCAUCUGAUGAAAGGACCUAAUACAAUUCACUGUGUCCAAGGAAACUGGACAACACCACCAAUUUGUUUAGAACCAUGUUUGGUUGAUGAAGAAAAUGCCGGCAAUUACAACAUAGAAAUGAAAUGGCAUCUGGAAGAAGAAUUAUAUUUCUUACAUGGGAACAUUAUUGAAUUUGUGUGCAAGCCAGGAUAUAUUUUGCCCCCAUCUAUCAGAGAAUCCCAGCUGCUGGUGCAGUGUAAUCACGGAGAACUGACAUAUCCCAUGUGUAUUUUAAAAGACCCGAAUGCAAACUGUGGCUCUCCACCUUCCAUAAAAAAUGGAGGAGUUGUGGGCUCAUUGACAACAGACUACGCCCAGGGUUCAUCAAUAGAGUACAGCUGCCAUGAAUAUCAUUUUUUGCAAGGUUCUAGGAAAGUGUCCUGUUCAAUGGGCCAGUGGACUACCCCACCAAUUUGCAUAGAGCCAUGCACCUUAUCAGCAGAAGAGAUGGCAAACAAUAAUUUGGAUCUAAGAUGGAGUUUUGACAAUCGACCUUAUUUUCUCCAUGGAGAAUUUGUUGAGUUUAGAUGCAAAGCAUACCAUUUUAGUUCGCCAUCAAGUUCACCAUCUGAUUUUAGAGUACGGUGUCAGAAUGGACAACUAUUGUAUCCACUUUGCAUACGGAGGAGAGGGUAAAAGGAAACUGAAGAAACAAUGCUUGGAGGGCUCAUGGACUAUUUUCCGUGUUGCAAGCUGGUUUCCAGUAUAACUCUGCUACAGAGGUUUACUUGCACAAGACUCUAGUUACUCAAGACAAGUAGGAUAGCUGCUGACUUCAACUUAGAACAUUAUCUGGAGGUGCUUUUUUUUAAAGCAAAUGCCUCCACAAUCUGUUUAUUUUAAUAAAAACAAGCAGUGGUGUUCAUAAGACGCCCUUGCAUUUUGUUCUCAAAUGUCUUGAUAUAUCAGCCUUCUGAUGUUCAUCCUCAUUCUCCUCAAGUUUUGCAGUACAUGUUAUUUCCAUAUUCA